UCAGCGUCAGUCAUGACGGACAGACGACUGGUGUGCUGGGGCAAGAUGCUGCUGCGUCGGAUCCCCCUGGACAACCGGCAGGUGGGCUCCCAGUUUGCCCGGUGCCUGACCACCCUGGACCUCAUCUCUCUCGGGGUGGGCGCCACCCUGGGUGCAGGGGUCUACGUGCUCUGUGGAGAGGUGGCCAAAGAGAAGGCAGGGCCGGCCAUUGCGCUGUGCUUCUUGAUAGCGGCCGUCUCUUCCAUCCUGGCGGGCUUGUGUUACGCUGAGUUCGGUGCCCGUGUGCCCAGAGCUGGCUCAGCCUAUGUGUAUUGCUACGUGACAGUGGGGGAGAUUUGGGCUUUCAUCGUUGGCUGGGUCCUCAUUUUGUCCUACAUCAUCGCCACUGCCAGUGUUGCACGAGCCUGGAGCUUGACAUUUGAUAACCUGGUAGGCCUGGCUAUCUCACAGUGGAUCAAAAACUCCAUUCCGAUAAACCUUUCCGGGACUAUGUUCUCUGAAUACCCUGACAUACUGGCUGUGCUGUUAAUCCUUCUGGUCACAGCACUGCUGUCAUUUGGCGUGAGCGAGUCGGCGCUGAUGGGCAAGAUCUUUACGGGGAUCAACGUGACGGUGCUGGGGUUUGUGUUCGUCGCGGGCUUGGUGAAGGGAGACCGAGCAAAUUGGAGCCUUACUCUGGACGACUACAUCAAUGCCACCAAUGUUACAGACCCAGAACUUAUUGAGAAGGGAUUCGGCCUUGGUGGUUUUGCUCCAUUUGGCAUCCGUGGAAUCCUGUCUGGGGCAGCGACGUGCUUCUACGCCUUUGUUGGCUUCGACUGCAUCGCUGCUUCAGCUGAAGAGGCCCUGAACCCCAGGCAGUCCAUCCCCGUCAGCAUCGUGGCUUCACUGCUCUGCUGUUUCGUGGCCUACUCUGGGGUGUCUACAGCCCUCACCCUGAUGAUGCCCUACUACCUCCUAGACACGCAGACCCCCCUGCCCAAAGCCUUCGACUUUGUGGACCUGGCACACGGCCGCUAUGUGGUAGCUGUGGGCUCCCUGUGCGCCCUUUCAACAAGUUUGCUCGGAUGCAUGCUCCCCUUGCCACGUGUGAUCCAUGCUAUGGCAUCUGACGGCCUGAUAUUCAGCUUCCUCUCGCAAAUUUGUGAGAAAACCAAGACGCCUUUGCUGGCCACAGUAAUAUCCGGUGUGGUGGCAGCUCCCAUGGCGCUGCUCUUUGACCUGGAUGUUCUGGUGGACCUGAUGUCAAUAGGGACUCUGCUAGCCUAUACACUGGUGGCUCUUUGUGUGCUUGUUCUCAGGUACCAGCCUAGUAUUCCGGAUGAUGGCCUCAAGACACGGAUGUUGGCUGAGGCGGGCAGUGAUCAAAAUAUUCACCGUGAGGGGAAGGAACCCGUUAAAGAGCUUGUGGAGGCAUUCACACCAAUGAGACUGCUGCGACCCAAGACGGAAAUCCCCACCAACCUAUCAGGGAGCAUUGCUUACGGCACCACUGCUGUCCUGUGCUUUGCUAUCUACUUCACCUAUGGAAUCAGGAACAGCUCAGCAAAGUUUGGAGGAGUUGGGACCUCAAAGCCCCUCUCAACUGAAGAAAUGCAGAGGCGAGAGGAGAGCCAAGCUGAGAAACACAGAAAACCUCCAUAG